GUCCAAACUAGGGCAACCACAUCCCACCCCUCCCUCCUCAUCAUUUUUAAACCCUACUUCCACCCCACCUUUCACUCCCCUCUGAGACCUCUGCAGCCGAGAGCCGAAGCAAAGGCAACGUUAGCUUCCCCUCUCAAAGACCUCUCAAGAUGUACACUUCGAGGAAGAAGAUCCACAAGGACAAGGAUGCGGAACCCACUGAAUUUGAGGAGUCAGUUGCUCAGGCCAUAUUUGAUCUGGAGAAUACAAACCAGGAGCUUAAAAGUGAUUUGAAAGACCUUUACAUCAAUUCAGCAGCUCAGAUUGAUGUGGCUGGAAAUCGCAAAGCUGUUGUGAUCCACGUUCCUUAUAGAUUGAGGAAAGCUUUCCGCAAGAUUCAUCUUAGGCUAGUCAGAGAGCUUGAGAAAAAGUUCAGUGGGAAGGAUGUUGUCGUCAUUGCCACCCGAAGAAUAAUGCGGCCACCGAAGAAGGGUUCUGCUGCUCAGAGACCCCGCUCCCGCACUCUUACAUCUGUCCACGAAGGCAUGCUUGAGGAUGUGGUUUAUCCCGCUGAGAUUGUUGGAAAGCGCAUUAGAUACAGAAUUGAUGGGUCCAAGAUAAUCAAGAUAUACUUGGAUCCCAAGGCACGCAAUGACACCGAGUACAAGCUGGAGACGUUUUCUGGAGUGUACCGUAAGCUUUCUGGAAAAGAUGUUGUCUUCGAGUACCCAAUCACAGAGGCUUAAGAUCUGCUGUUAAAACUAGCCUUCAUGUCAGUACUUGGAAAUUUUGAUUCAGAGAUGGAUUGCUAAGUCUUUGCUUUAUGCAGCAGGAAACUUCAUUAGAAUGUUUCUUCUAUUUAUCAUGCUUGAUGUUUGAAUUUUGGAAAAAAGGUGUUUAGGACUCCAAUGCUUCUAUGAGAAGUAAAGUUUGCUCUUCCUCCC